GCGCAAACCCAUACGCUACGAUAUCCAUUGGGGAACAACCAUGUCUCCACAACGCUCAGGCUCCAGACCAAGCGCAAGCACGCGUAAACCACUCCUCCCCAUCCUCAUAACAGCGUAACGACCUAAACCGACCCUGAACCGCACAACCCGCCGACCCGACCAACCGAUCGACCAUCCGAGAACCACGAUCAACCAUCACCUCACCUACGACACAAAUCCCUAUUCCUAACUCCUACCACGAAAGGCAAUCCCCGCGAGAAUCAUUCAGCCAUGGACGCCGCCCCCCGCAAACGCACCUCCGCCGACCGCGACCCCACACCCUCUUCAAACACGACAGACGAAACUCGCCCCAUGAUCGCAUCCACGCACUCCUCGGCAAAAGACUACAACGCCAUAUCACCCGACCAGCCGCAUGCAAACGGCUCGGCAAUGCAGACGGAUGACACGCGACGGGAGCGCGCAGAGCGCGAGGCCGCAGCGACGGAGCGCAAGGAGGGGGGUUGGUGGCGCGCGACGUGGGAGAAGUACGGGAGUGUGGAGUUGGAGAAUAAGGGGAGUGUUGCGCGGGAUCAUUUGGCGUUGGAGCGCACUUACCUAGCCUGGCUCCGCACCUCCCUCUCCUUCGCUAGCAUCGGCAUCGCAAUCACACAACUCUUCCGCCUUAAUACCUCGAUCUCUUCUUCGCCGGAUAACUCCUCCUCUUCCACGACCUCCCCAAAGGCCAAACUGCGGCAACUGGGCAAGCCGCUCGGCGCCACGUUCCUCGGCAUCAGCAUCCUCGUGCUAGUGAUUGGGUUUCACCGCUACUUCGAAGCGCAGCACUACGUGAUACGGGGAAAGUUCCCUGCGAGCAGGGGGAGUAUAUUGGUGGUCAGUGUUGUGAGCGGGGUGUUGAUAGUGAGUAGUUUGGUGAUUAUAUUGGCGACUGCGCCGAUGGCGUUCGAGACGUGAUGAUGGAGGGGAGGUUUGGUUAGGGGAACAUGUCACGGGUGAAAAACAAGGUGGGGACGGGUUUGAUGGGUAUCUCAUCUCGUCUCAUUGCUUCAUAUGCUCCGUCUAUUUUGUAGAACAUUGUUCCUCCUACUAUAUGCUCGUUUGUCGCGGGUAGAGCAGAGGCAUUGCAAUCAUCAGCGCGCUGAUCGCGCAUACAGCCGUUGUAAGCACGCUGUGUUGUAAUCCUCGCAUGUACGGCCGCGGUCAGAAUCUUUCUAUGACCCCUUGGU